AUGAAGAUCAGUUCGUGGUGUCGUGUCACCUCUGCUGAUAAAGGUCACCAACAGGUGGGAUUGUGCCAUUGCGUGUUCCUCGCCCUGAGACAACCCUGUUGCACUCUGCUGACGUGGAACACCAACAACAUGUCUCCCUCCUUAGGGGCAGGACGACUGCAAGUAAACAAACAGAAUGUUAGCUAUGAGGAGGUGGAAAAGGUUCUCACCCCUUUAGGAAUUGGUGCCGGCCAUUUCCGACCGCGGCAUUGUGUAGACGACCAGAAGUCAGCCAUUAUUAUCCCUUUCCGAAAACGACAUGAACACCUACCGAUCCUCCUCAACAACCUGGUGCCUUACCUGCUGCAGCAGCGCCGGGACUUUACCAUCUAUGUGGUAGAACAGGUGUCUGAUGGGGUAUUCAACAAGGCAUUAAUGAUGAACGCAGGCUUCAUUGAAGCGGUACGUCUUGGAAAGUAUGACUGCUACAUGUUCCACGACGUGGACCUGAUUCCGGAAGAUGACCGAAUACCGUACAACUGUCGCCCCGAGCAGGUGGUGCAUUUGGUGGCUGCUGUCCGGAAGUACUAUUAUCACGCCAUGCGGAGGUAUAUCGGAGGUGCUUUAGCUUUCACCGAGCAACAGUUCCGUGGGGUGAAUGGUUUCUCCAACCUGUACAUGGGGUGGGGUGGAGAAGACGACGACAUGAGGUUCAGAUUAGACCUCCUGAGUAAUCCAGUGUAUGAAGUACCUAUACAGAUAGGGAGAUACUACAGCUUCAAUCACUCGAUUGACGAGGGCAACCAAGUCAAUCACCACAGGAAAGAGUUACUUUGGGAGGCAGGUAAACGAGCUGCCAUUGACGGUCUAACGUCACUGAAGUAUACUGUGGAAAGUGUCGUCAAAUCACCGUUGUUUACUUGGGUUAAAGUACGGUAUGACCCGCAACACUACAGUGCUCUCUUCAACGCUGUCGUCAAUGGGUCCUUGGAAAUGCCUUAAAUGAAACAUUGCCAUUAAUGUAAGAGCAUGGCGUCCCUGCUGCGAGAACAAGCACCUCGCUAUGUUUAACAUGACAAACCAAUCUUCAAGGCAGUUGAUAUAAACCCAUCUUCUUUGAAAGCAUGGGCACAUUGAGGAUGCGAUUCAAAUAUUCGUGAGCCUGCAGUGCCAGUGUCGGCUGUGGCAAAGUCUUCUACUGUCCCAUACAUGCAUAAAGGUGUUGAGAUCUGAUGACAGACAUCAGGGCAAAUGAUGCGUUGGUGUAGUGUAGUGAGUCUGGCGUUAUCGUGCUAAACAGGCUGGUGUUUUACGUUUUGCACGGCUUUAAUGGAGUGUAGCUGUAUAUUGUCAUUUCGGUUUCUUUGAGCUCUAAACCUUGGUUCUUACAGCCUUAGUGCCAGAAUGCGUCACGCAUAAUAAACCCGACAUCUUCAAUCUGCACGUGGAAGCACUCAUCACUUAUCUACGCAGAUCUCUUUUGCUGUCGAUGUCAUAGUCCCCGGACAUGCCAUCACAGAAGUCGCUGUCGUUGAUCCGUCGAACUGAUACAUCACAGACACAGACGUAGCGUGAUCAGGCGGGUCUUUGAGUGUCAUGUUCUGUCCAGUUGGUAACUACUCCAGGGUGCUUGAGGAUACAUGGAAAGUCCAGGUCCACCUGUAUUCCAAGCGGUCCAUAGCGUUGUAUUUUUCUGCCUCGCGCAAUCGCGACAUGGGUUUGUUGUUGCUCAGGCAGAGAUUAUAGUUACACGCAAGCUCUACAUUUUUACAAGCUAUGUGUCUAUGUCCAGUGCAAACCGCACACGUGCAGUUCUC